AUGGACAACUGCCCUUCCGGUGAUUCAGUUGACUUGGGAGAACCAGUCGUCGGUGUAGAUGGAUCGGCAUGCAAGCUCCACCAUAUGUAUGGUGAAGAGUACUGUGCAUCAGUCAUCGGCUGCAUGUUCUCGAUCUUUCGAUGCAUCGUGGGCGAAUGUACCACAAAAGGUGGACGAUCGCUGACAAUGAUUUUCAGCGAUGGGUUCGGGGUCCAGUUUGACAUUUUCUAUGCGGGGAGCAUGGUUAUUGUCCUAAUGGGCCUCUUCAACAUCAUCACCGCGAUUUUUGUUGAAGCGACUUUGAAUGGCCUGAAAGAAAACGAAUCGCACCGCCGGUAUGCAAAGGCUUAUGAGUCAAGCUACAUGACGGAGCAACUGGCCAAACUUGUCAUGGUCCUCUCCUCCCAAGUGCAAAAGAUGCGGAACAGGAACAGCUCAUUGCCUGGCUUGCUCGGGGAUGGAAUGUUUCCAGGUUCGAGAAUGACUUUCAGCAGGAGGGGUGAGACGGCUGGCGUGGACUCCGAAAGUCCAAAUGCAAACCUUCAUGCAGAGGAGACUUAUUUAAGUGAGGAAGAGUUCAACCAGCUCAUCAGAAUGCCGGAGGUACGGCUGCUGUUGAACGAGCUUGAUGUGAGCGUGGAGCCUCGUCCGGGAGUCUUUGAGGCUUUCAACACUGAGGAAGAUGGCACUGUCUCGAUUUCGGAACUUGUGUCUGGCCUGAUGCGGCUACGAGGCGAUCUGCACAAGAUUGAUUUGGUAAUUGCGCAGAUGGGCCUCGAGAACAUGCAGAAGCAGAUCAUGGAAGUGAAGACUACAAACUUUCAGAUUGCAAAAAAGAUAGGUGCCAAAGGCACAAGGAGUACAACUCUCAGCAGGCUUCACUCCGAAGCCUUGUCGUAG